AUGGCGGAGGAGAAAAAGGAGGGGCUGUCCAGGCUGGGGAUCUUCGCCGUCUCAUCACCCGAAGAUGUGCAGGACUUGUCCGACCUGACGGAGGAGACCGAUAGCGAGGACGAUUCAUCCAAGGUAUUCACCGUUCGGCGUGGGAUGCUGAUGGCGAGUUUGUAUCUGGCUCUGUAUCUCCCAACGCUCAACCAGACCAUCGUCUCAACUGCGCUCCCCAAGAUCUUAUCCGAGAUCAAUGUCCAUGGAUCCGACAUUGGAUACACAUGGAUAGGAUCCGCCUAUGCCCUGGCGCAGGCCAUGAUGUUGCCCCUGUUCGGGAAGUUGGCUAGGACUCCUGGGAGAAAAUGGGCACUCCUUGUUGCCAUGUCCGUUUUCAUGCUGGGAAGUGCUUUGUGCGGUGCAUCGGGCAACAUUGAAAUGAUGCUGGCAUCGAGAACGAUCCAGGGCCUUGGAGCCGGCGGUGUUAGUGGUUUGUGCUUUGUUCUUGUGAUGGAGUUGGUGCGGGUGAGGGGCGUUGGGAAAUACAGUGAGCUUAUCGCAGCUGCAUGGGCCAUCGUAGCAGCCAUAGGGCCUUUCCUCGGUGGUACCCUUUCAGAGAAGGCGAAUUGGCGUUGGUGCUUCUUCAUGAACGUACCAAUAAGCGUCAUAUGCGCCAUUACCAUCUGGGUGUUACUGCCAAGCGUUCAUACUGAUCCCGGCUUUCGUCGAGCUUUCAGAGCUUUUGACCUAUGUGGUGUCAUGAUCAUCGGAGUGGGAAAGGUGUUGGUCACGCUUGGGUUUCAGUGGGCCAUACAGAACGAGUCGUGGACCUCGCCGGAGGUUCUAACGACUCUGCUCGCGGGCGCUGGAGCCCUCGGAGCAUUCGUGCCCGUGGAAAUGUCUGCUUCCUCGCCAGUCGUCCCCUUCAGUUUCCUAAAGCACAGAACUAGGGUCGGCUCAUACGUGUCCACCUUCUUCCAUUCGAUCGCAUUCUCCGGACUCAACUACUGGCUGCCGCUGUACUUCCAAGCUGUCAAGCAGCAGUCUGCUUCUGAGAGUGGAAUAAGCAUGCUGGCGUGGACUCUUUCCUUCGCGAUCAUAAGCGCGGCGGCUGGAUUUGUAAUUAUUGCCAUGAAACGAUAUUUGGAGAUCAUUUGGUCAGGAUUCAUCCUCGCUUGCAUCGCGUGUGCUCUUUUGACGAUACUGAAUCCGCAAACUCCGAUGGCUAUCGUGGCAGUGUUACUAGCCGUUGCUGGCACUGGCUUCGGGCCUAACUUCAACUCUCCCCUCAUCCCGAUCCAUGCGUCGUUCGAUAUCUCUUUGGAGAACUACGAGUCGAUAUUAAUGCAGUCGACCGAGGCAUACACAUUCCUGAGGUCCUUAGGAUCAAGUAUCGGGAUCAGCGCCAGCGGACUGGUCUUUUUUGAAGAUCUCGCUCAGCACCAGCUACCGACCCUGAGUGUCUUCAACAUGACGCAGGCCAUCGAGAAUGCCCACAAUCUGACACUAGUGGAAGAAAGCGCCAAUGUGGAGGUGUUGCAUGGGGCAAUGCAGCAUGUCUUCAUUCAAGUAUGCGUCGUGAUGGGCAUCGGGCUAUCCCUUAGCUUCCUGAUCCGCCGGCACCCGUUCACGAGCAACACAGAAGGUGAUGAGGAAGAUGACGGUAUACGCGGUACGCCACGCGUAGACUCAUUUGGCAUUGAAGACGGUUGA